AGUAGAUGAGAGAUGUAAUGUUUGUCUCUGUUGUGUUGAAGCCCAAUCAGGCAGGAGAGACCAGCCUCCCCUGUUCCCAGCUGUGUGUCCAUGAAGAGUGACUGGUCUAUGGAUCCUCCUCUAUACUUUAGAGAGGGAGACUUUUCUACUGAACAAAGAAACCAACAGGAGAGAUCAGAGUCAGAGAUUCUCAGUGUUCAGUCUUCCCAGAUUCAUCAAACAGACCUGGCCUCCAUAUUCAGUUUGCUUGAAGAGAAAAUUCUGACAUUUGUGAAGAACGAGCUGAAGAUGUUCAAGAGGAUUCUUAGUCCAGAAUUCCCAGAAGGCUUUGGGAGUCAGAAGCAGGAUAAGGAAGUGGUGGACCCUGAAGAUGAGAAGCAGGAGAGCAGUGCCAGAGAGGGGGCUCUGAAGAUCACACUGCACAUCCUGAGGAAAAUGAACCAGAAGGAGCUUGCUGACACACUGGAGAAAUAUUCAGAUGAGCUUGCUGUGAUUUGCCAACGUGAACUCAAAUCUAAUCUAAAGAAGAAGUUUCAAUGUGUAUUUGAGGGGAUCGCUAAACAAGGAAACCCAACACUUCUCAAUAAGAUCUACACAGAGCUCUACAUCACAGAGGGUGGAACAGGAGAGGUCAAUAAUGAACAUGAGCUGAGACAGAUUGAGACAACAACCAGGAAACAAGCAAGACCAGAGACUGCAAUCAAAUGUAACGACAUCUUCAAACCCUUAACUGGACAAGACAAACUUAUCAGAACUGUGCUGACAAAGGGAGUCGCUGGCAUUGGAAAAACAGUCUCUGUGCAGAAGUUCAUUCUGGACUGGGCUGAAGGAAAAGCAAAUCAGGAUGUCCAAUUUGUGUUUUCAUUCCCUUUUCGGGAGCUGAAUUUGAUGAAAGGGGACAAACACACUUUCAUUGAACUUCUUCAUCACUUCUCAAUGGAAACCAAACAAUCAGGAAUCUCCAACUACGACAAGUACAAAGUUCUGUUCAUCUUUGAUGGUCUGGAUGAGUGCCGACUGCCCCUAGACUUCCAGAAGAACAAGAUCUGUUGGGACGUCACAGAGUCAACCUCAGUGGAUGUUCUGCUGACAAAUCUCAUCAAGGGAAAUCUGCUUCCCUCUGCUCUCCUCUGGAUAACUACCCGACCUGCAGCAGCCAAUAAGAUCCCUUCAGGGUGUGUUGACCAGGUGACAGAGGUACGAGGGUUCAAUGACCCACAGAAGGAGGAGUACUUCAGGAAGAGAUUCAGUGAUGAGGACCUGGCCAGCAGAAUCAUCUCACACAUAAAGACAUCAAGGAGCCUCCACAUCAUGUGCCACAUUCCAGUCUUCUGUUGGAUUUCUGCAACAGUCCUUGAACACAUGCUGAAACAUAAGAGAGAAGAGAUGCCCAAGACUCUGACUGAGAUGUACACACACCUUGUGGUGUUUCAUACCAAACAGAAGAAUGAAAAGUAUCUUGGGAAAGAAGAGACAGGUCCACACUGGAAUAAAGAGAGCAUUCUGUCACUGGGAAAACUGGCUUUUCAACAGCUUGUGAAUGGCAAUCUGAUUUUCUAUGAAGAAGACCUGAAAGAGGCUGGCAUUGAUGUCAAUGAAGCCUCAGUGUACUCAGGAUUGUGCACACAGCUCUUUAAAGAGGAAUGUGGGCUGUACCAGGACAAGGUGUACUGCUUUGUUCAUCUGAGCAUUCAGGAGUUUCUGGCUGCUGUAUAUGUGUUCCUCUCAUUCAUCAACAACAAUGAGAAUCUAAUGGACAAACUGCAAACAAAGUCCAGGAUCUUUUCUUUGCUCUUCAGAGACAAUGCUGAAGUUACUUUCUACAAGAGUGCUGUGGAUAAAGCCUUACAAAGUGAGACAGGAAACCUGGACCUUUUCCUCCGCUUCCUUCUGGGCCUCUCACUGGAGUCCAAUCAGAAGCACUUACGAGGUCUACUGACAAAGACAAGAAGCAGCUCACAGAGCCAUGAAGAAACAGUCAAGUACAUCAAGGAGAAGAUCGGGGAGGAUCUCUCUCCAGAGAGGAGCAUCAAUCUGUUCCACUGUCUGAAUGAACUGAAUGACCAUUCUCUAGUGGAGGAGAUCCAAAGCUACCUGAGAUCAGGAAGUCUCUCAAAACCCAACCUGUCACCUGCACAGUGGUCAGCUCUGGUCUUUGUGUUGCUGACUUCAGAAAAGGAGCUGGAUGUGUUUGACCUGAAGAAAUACUCCAGAUCAGAGGAAGGUCUUCUGAGGCUGCUGCCAGUGGUCAAAGCCUCCAGAGCUGUUCUGCUGUCAGGCUGUGGAGUCACAGAGGAAGGCUGUGCUUCUCUGGUCUCAGUUCUGAGGUCAAAACCCUCACACCUGAGAGAGCUGGAUCUGAGUAACAAUGACCUGAAGGAUUCAGGAGUGAAGCUGCUCUCUGCUGGACUGGGGAAUCCCCACUGUAAACUGGAGACUCUGAGGCUGUCAGGCUGUGGAGUCACAGAGGAAGGCUGUGCUUCUCUGGUCUCAGCUCUGA